AUGUCAGCCCGCAGUAAAGGUGGCGGAGGGCCAGCCUCGAGUGACGUUCAAGGGUCUGGAAAGUGCGGGGAAGCCUCCGAACCAAUUGGAAGCCAGUUUCAGUUCUCCGCCCCUCAAAUUCGAGGAGGCAGAUUGCAGAGUUGGGAGGAACAGCAGGCAUACGCCACAAAACCAGUGAACGCAAAGAAGCGGAAGACAGACAUAGGUUCAGCCUUUGGCUUGCACGGCGAUGAGCUCCUACAAGCGAUCGAAGAUGCCAUUGUGAAAGCUCUACGUGUGCCCCUGGGGCCUAACGCCACCACUGGCUGUACGGAAGACGUGCGAUCUCUCCGAGCAGAGGUGGAAGAGAUCAGGAAGGGGCAAACGCAACUCACGCAGCUCAUGAACACGGUGAUGACAGUGUUACGGGCACCAAGGCAGGAGACAGGAGCGAGUCCGCCCCUGUCAGGAAACAGUGCCUUCCCGAGAGGCACAGCGGAGACAUCCAACAAAAAAGCACGUCCACUAUCGGCGCAAGUGACGCAGCCCAGCUGGGCCAAUAUCACAGAAUCUGGAGCAGGCACUGGAUGGACUACGGUCACGAACGGUAAGAAAAAGUUGAAAAAACACCCUCGUGGCCAGCGCCGAGUACUCUUCGUCAGAAAUGUACAGUCGCAUGAUCGCGACCCUAGAGACAUUAUGUUUGAAGUGAACAAAGCCCUUGCUCAUUCGAGGGCCCAUGUGACGGUGAGAUUGACCCAAAUGGCAUACACGGGCAAGGGCAACUUGACAGGAGUGAUGAGCGAGAAUGCAUGCGCAGACGAGCUGCUCAGCUAUGCACCCGCCGUGAUGACUGCUGUGAAGAAGCUAGACCCUGAAGUUGCCUACAUGGAAAAGACGGAAAAGUGGCUAAAGCUGCGGGUGCACGGCGUCGCGCUGGAUCGCUACAUGGGUGAAGGCGGAAUGGAAGUAGCCCGAGAGGAGAUUGAACUGAUGACAGGUGAAAGGUUGCCUUACGCGCCGCGUUGGAUCAAAGGCGACACACUGGCUGAACGCUUCGACAGCGGGAGUAUCAAGAGGUCGACACUGGUCUUGACCGUGAAAAGCAAGAAGGCGGCGGAUGUGAUCCUAGCAAAGGGACUGUCCUUUGGAGGCAGACGCCACGAGGUAGAGAGGUUCUGGGAGCGAGGAGAAGGCAGAAUAUGCAUGCGCUGUUGUGGCCGAGACCACUUCGGCCAGUGUGGCGAAAUGCGCCAACUGCAAGGGGCCACACCCGGCAACAUCGAGAAGGUGCCCCGAAAGGAGAUCAAGUCACCAGAAUCGUCAGCGAAAGGUGAGCGAGAUGCGCAGCAGCCCGCCGGCGAUGGAAUCGGCAGCAGGGCAAGACGAUCUCUCCGAUCAUGGAGAUCAGGCAGAUAUCACAAUGACGCCUGCCGACCCAGGACAAGCCACUCAAGCACAGGCGAUCCCGACGUCUUCGGACAGGAACACACCAGAGCCACUGCCGCAGAGCCAACCGUCACCCCGACAAACAAGGGAACUCCGGCCAAGGACCAAACAGUUCGCGAGGGCGACCCAGAUCCUCAGCUCCAGCGACCCGACGCACAUCUGCACUGGAGGCGGCCGUGGAGCGAGGAGCCGAAGUGGUGUGCCUACAAGAACCAGUGUGCGAAGCGAGAGACAAGAGUAGCGCUAGCCAUCCGAAACGACGCACUAGACCGCUAUGUAUUUGAGGAGCGAACUGACCUGGUGGAUAGUCCGCAUAUUCAGUGCCUGGACGUCUGGGAGACAGUGAACCGCAGAAAAGCGCGACGGACGAGGCUGGUAAAUGUCUACAACAAAGCCAGAGUCCAAGGCGGCGGAUACACGAUGGACCACGUAGAUGUGUCGCGACUCAUCGAGGGCCGGACCAUACUCGCAGGCGACUUCAAUGCUCGCAGUCCCUUGUGGGAUCCGUGGGUGGCAGGUAGGCAGAACGCAGGGACGGUAGAGAGAUUGAUCGAGAAGCGUGAGCUCAUCAUCAACAAUAACGACCACCAGCCCACGAGGUGUGGGAAGAACUGUAGAUCGAUAAUCGACUUGACCUUGAGUACCCGCAGGGUCGGAGCACUGGUCACAUGGGAGAUCGACGAGUCACUGGCCACAACAUCCGACCACGAGGUAAUCGUCUUUGAGUGGGCACCACUCAACGCGGCCGUCGCGGAAAGGCAGAUAAACGCUUCGCAAAACUGGAACAUCAAUCGGCUUUGCUCAGACGAACAGGCCCUCGAAGCCGCAAGCGAACAUUGGCUUGAGUUGAGUGAAGGAAGGUCGCUGAUCAAUGCGUGGGACACGUCACCGACAGAACUGGAAGCCGAAGCACUGUGGAUCCAAGACAGCCUACGAGCUGUACUGGACAGACAUGCCGCUGGCAGAGCGCCGAGACCACGAUCGAAGCACUGGUGGACGGAAGAGAUCAAACAGCAGAGAAGGCUGUUUGGGAGCGCUAGACGUGCUUACAAUGACGGCCGCACUAGCUUCGACGAGUACCGUCGGGUGAGAAACGACUAUUACACACACAUCCGGAAAGCCAAGAGACUGGCUUGGGAGCGCUUUCUUGAGGGCGUCUUCCCGACCGACGAAAGCUCGAAAUUGGCGUCUGAUCCCGCAAGAUGCUGGCAAGCGCUCAGAUAUACGAAACCUCAGGUGCCGUCGCACACACCGGCGAUCAAGGUAGCAAGCAUUGACGGCCAGCCGGACAAGAUUGCAUCGACAGCCGAGGAGAAGGAGGGGAUCUUCAUGGCGCAGGCAUUCCCACCCCAAGUCGUGGACAACGAGGACAUUCAGAUCCCAGACACGAGUGCUGGCGUGAGUGUCAAGCAAGUCCGCGAAGCUCUGUUCACUCAGUCGGUCAACAAAGCCCCCGGUCUGGACGGGAUCGGCUUCAAAGUGCUAAGACUCCUAUGGCAAUGGGCGGAAGACCGUGUGGUAGCUCUUGUACAAGGGUGCAUAAGGACAGGGUUCCAUCCCUACACGUGGAAGACCGCGAAGGGAGUUCUGCUGCGGAAGCAAAACAAACCCACGUACAGCGUCGCGAAAGCGUACCGGGUGAUCAGCCUCCUCAACUGUCUCGGAAAAGUGGUGGAGAGGGCGGUAGCAAUUUGGAUCGCAUCCUACUGUGAGACAAAUGAAGUCUUCCAUCGAGGGCAGUUCGGCUGCCGUCGGGGGAGAGGGACAUCAGAUGCGGUGGCUCAGCUGGUCGCAAAGGUCGAGAAUGCAUGGAGCCAAAAGCGCAUUGCACUCGCUUUACUCCUUGAUGUCAAAGGUGCGUUUGACAGGGUCAACAAGCAGAAACUCCUGCUGCGGAUGAUACAAGUCGGGAUGGCCGGCAACAUCGUGCGAUGGGUGAACUCGUUCCUAUCAGACCGUCGAGCCAUGUUGGUGAUUGACGGAAGGACGGGCGAGACCCGCAGCAUUCAAGCUGGCCUGCCGCAAGGAUCACCGAUAUCACCGGUGCUGUUCAUCUUAUCAGUGAGCGCAAUGUUCCAGUGGCUGGAGGACAGACACAUGAAGCUCCAGGCCAUCUCGUUCGUGGACGACAUCGGGCUAGUGACAGAAUGUGAUGACGUGGAAGAAGGCGCGAGGAAGCUCGAGCAUAUCGCCAGAGAUGCAAUACAAUGGGGAUCGGACAAUAAAGCCGAUUUCGAGGUCAGCAAAACCGAAGUACUCGUCUUCAGCAGGCGUCGAGGGAUUCUACAAGCAACAAAAGAUGCAGCCAUCCGCAUCGGAGAGCAGACCUUCACCGUCAAGCAAGAAGCGACAAAAUGGCUGGGCUUCUGGCUGGAUUCGAAGUUGUCGUUCAAGACGCACUUCGAAAACAGGAUCGCAAGUGCCAAAGGAGCCCUCCAGCGGGUAUCCAGUCUCAGUAGAAGCAAUGGCGGCUUGUCGGCCGACUUGAUGCGGAGAGUGGUCGUGGCCGCUGUCACCUCCGUGGCGUUGUACGGGUCAGAGAUCUGGUGGAGAGGCCAGAAAGACCGAGUGAAGAAAGUACAGCUGCUGCUGAACAGCCAAGCGAGAGCCAUCACAGGGCUGUUGACAUCGACCCCUCUGGCCUUUCUUCGGACGGAAUCGUGCCUGCCCACCGCACAAGACCUUCUCGACCGUCGCCAGACGUCGUUCGCGGUGCGGGCGCUCAAUGCGAAUGGAGAUCAUCCAACGCACCAGCUCCUGCCCGCCAAUUUCCGUCUCGGCGAGCUUUAUAGACACGAAGGAGCAACGGGUCAGCCGUCUAGCAUUGGAUGGAUGAGAGCAGAAAAGACACACCGAUCGUUCGGAAGCAGACUCGCACAGCAGGUAGCGAGGCACGUCAGCUACGACACCGAGUACGGAUUCGAGCUGCCUCGCAAGGUGGACUCACCUACAACAAGCCCAGUGAUCCGGACCCAAGGCUACUCGCAGAUGCCGCAAAGAAUGCAACCCGACAAUCCGCAGCAACUAACACUGUUCGUGAGCACAACUAAGGAUGUUAGUUUUGGUCUGGGGAUCGCAUGGAGAGAAUGCCGUGCGUGGAAGACCAAAAUGUCAUCGCUGGGUAAUCACAUCACAACAGCCGACGCGGCGAUAGUUGCGAUCAGCAUGGGUGCGAAGAACCUCAUCCCGAUACUCUCGAGGACGAAUCACCUCCGUGCCGAGAUUGUUACGGAGUCGCGGGUUGCAUUGGCCGCCAUUCAGAGCAGCGAGCAAUGGACACCGCCAGUCGUCACCGGUAUCAAAAGACACGCACACGGUGUCGAAGAAGCAGGAGGCCGAGUGGUUUUGACGUGGCUCUCAAAUUGCGAAGAUGUUGAGGGCUACAAGAUAGCCCGAGCCGCGGCACAACGAGCGGCAAAGCAACAACCCAAAGAGAUGCGAUCAGCCUCGCUGUCGUACGUGAAACAAGCCAUUAAGGAGAGGUGGAAGCCAACUGCCAAGAUGAACAAACACAUCGAAGAUGCGAGGAAGUCAGUUGCAGCUCGAUACCUGCAGCUCAAGUCCGGUCAUGCUGUCACGGGAGCUCACCUGCUAAGGAUCGGCAAAGUCGAGGACGCACAGUGCUGGUGGUGUGGCGAGAGCAGUCAAACCGUCGCUCACCUCUUGCUGGAGUGCCGGAAGUGGCGAAGGCAGCGGGACACUAUGCUGCGGAAGCUGCGCGCGAGAAAGCUCUCGAUCAGCAGACGGCGAAACCUAGCAGACCUGAAGACAAUGUUCGCAAAUAAAACUAUCAUAGAGGUCCUUCAAUUUAUUGAAAACACAGAAGUGGGCAAGAAGCCGGUUGGAGAUGCCAACAAGAAUGACUCGUGGGACAUCGAACGUUUGGAUCGGAGUGCAGAUGAGGAAGACAGGAUGUUGGAGGACGGAAGGGGCUAA